AUGUAUCUUUGGAGUUAUAUGUCAUCAAUAACCAGGGAAUGUUUGUCCUCAUUGAAUGACAUUGAGCCUUAUAAGCACGAAAGGAAGAUUUCUGAAUUCACAAAAUUGAAGAAUGAAGUGUGUUCUGAAGAGUUUACUGUUGGGGAUUGUAAAUGGAAACUUUCGUUAUAUCCUAACGGUAAUAGUGGACAAAAUGGCCAGAACAUCUCCGUCUUUCUUGAAUCAGUUGAUGCUGAAGGAUUUGAUUGCAAAAAAAAAGGUGGUGUAAAUUGUUACUCGGCUGCUGCACAGAGUUGGGGUUGGCCAUCAUUUAUGCCAUUAUGUGAACUCAAUGAUCCUAAGAAGGGCUUCCUUGUUGAUGACUGCUGCAUUGUGCAAGCUGAUGUUUCUGUAGUUGGUGUUGUCAAUUGUUUAACUUAA